AUGCAAAACGACACCAGAGAGCACCACGACAUGCGAAAUCGUGGCUGUUAUCUCCCUAUCAAUUCAGCUGUGGGUGUUAGAGCGGUCUUGCCGAUGCGUUUGCAAGUCCCUGACGACAUAGGAUACGUUAACCGUCAUGUGGCAAAGGCUGGCACGACCUGUAGGCUUGGACCCAACAGGAAUGGUGUCUGGGAGGCAGGUGAAUACAAGUCUUUCCGACUGCAAAAGGGUAUACGGUUCAGCAUGCUCUCAGUUUCCAUCGAAAACGACUUUUUCAGGCACCGAGUUACCAGGAACGAUAUCUAUGUUGCGCUUAUUUCCCUCCCAUCUGCUGCUUAUGGGUUAGUGUCUGUGAUUACUGGAUUCCUCAUGAUGAACGAUGAACGAAUAUAUAUGUGUAACCCACCAUCAAGUCUUAAUGAGAUAGUUAAAAAAUGGUGGUACAUUGUGGCAUUUGUGGCAGGCGGUAUUACAAUCUUCAGCUACUGCCUCGCCUACCUUAUCCUUCUCUAUUACAGUAAACGACACAUCGGUCAACCACAAGAUUUGACGAGACGCACAAUGAGAAGCAUGAGCAUUAUUCUACUGAUAUUCCUCUGCACAAGAUAUUUUGCCACAGUUGGAGCAAAUAUUCUCAAUAUGGCACACUUAAAUCCCAAUACUGUGGAGUUAUUCCAGAACUACAGCGUAUUUGCGGCCAUGAUCUGCUACAGUCAGAACUUUUAUGUGACUCUGUGGAGGAGCUCAGAGUAUCGUGAAGUGUUAUGGCAGCAACAUGUGAAAGUACACAAUACUCUCUAUGGAAUGUGUUGCCCAUUGACUUUGAAAAGGAAGGUGUUUUCCGAAUCCACACCCGAUAAUCACAGGCAUGGUCCUGACCACAUUUCAAUGACACAUAUUUGA